CUUCUGUGCUAAUGGGCCAUGGCAUAAUCCGAACAGAGACAGCUGCCAUCCUAGCGUCCAGCCGACGCCAGUUAAUAAUCUCAGGGAGAUCUUUUCAGAAAACCAAAAAAAACCCCCCAAGGAAAUCGAUUCCGCUGGAUUAUCUCCCACGCAAGUCCCCAUCUCGGCCUCUAAACCUCCCCGAGCCGCAAAUCAAACCCACCGCCAAAUCUGCCACCGGCCACCGCCACCGCCACCGCCACCCAAACCCUAGCCCCAUGGGCGGCGCCAUGUCCGCCGCAACCGCCGCCGCCUUGGCAGCCACGACCGCGGCCUCGGCCUCCGUCGCCGCUGCGCAGUCCCCGGAGCCGCGCGACAACCAGUCGCUCGCGGACGUGUUGAGCAUCUCCGUCUUCAUGGCCGUCUUCUUCCCCCUCUUCGUCGUGCUCCUCGCCUUCGCCUGCCUCCGCCUGUUCCUGCCCAGCGACGACAACCGCCCCGCACCGUCCGACUCCGCGUCGGCGUCGGAGUUGUCCCGCCACGGGGGAAGCCGCAAGGGCGGGCUCGACGCGGCCGCGAUCGCGGACCUGCCGCUGGUGUUCUACCGGGAGGUGAGGCGGCACCGGAUCGUGGACGGGCGCGAGGACGCGCUCGAGUGCUCGGUCUGCCUCCUCGAGUUCGACGACGACGACGCGCUCCGCCUCCUCCCGACGUGCCCGCACGCGUUCCACCCGGAGUGCAUCGCCCUCUGGCUCGAGAGGCACGCCACCUGCCCGCUCUGCCGCGCCAGCGUCCUCGACGAGCCGCCGGCUCCGGCGCAGCGGGAGCUGGAGCUCCAGCCGGUGCCACCGCUGCCGCUGCAAUCGCCGGAAGAGUCCCCCGUUCACGCCGCUGUCGUGCUGAUCGGCGAAGCCGGCGCCAGCGAGGAGGACGAGGAGGAGGACUGGACCACGAUCCAGCGCCUCGCGCGGAACCGCCGCGCGGCGGGGCGGCAGGCGCUGCCGCGGUCCAACUCGACGGGGCACGGCGGCGGCGCCAGCGACGGCGGGAUGGACCGGUUCGCGCUGCGGCUCCCGGAGCACGUGCGCGUGGAGAUCCUCAUGUCGCACAGGCUGAGGCACGUGACGAGCGCGGUGGCGUCCGUGCGCGUCAGAGAGGGCAGCGCGGCCAGCGCCCACGACGGCAGUACCGUGGGCGGGAGCGUCAGGAACGCCGUGGCGAGGCUGAUGUCGCUCUUUGCGCCGGGCGCCGGGUGGAAGGCCGACGGCGACGACAGGUCCGGCAGGGGAGAUGCCACGGGGGCGUCGUCUUUCCGCCGCCGCGAGAACUCAUCGCGUGGAGCAGUAGCUGAAGAGAAGAGAACCGUCUGAUCGCCAGCAAAGACUGAGAGAGAAGCCUUAAGCCAGGUUCAGCACCCAUAGGUGACUCUGUUCCAAAAUUCUGAUGAUUCCAUCAGUCGAUUCUGUUCCAAAGUUCUGAUGAUUCCAUCAGUCUGUUUCAGUAGCGAUGCUUCUUCCAAGAUUGGAGCAUCUGAGUGUAGGUUGAUGAUGCAGUGUUUGCGGAUCUUUGAUCAUUUUCUUUUGACCCAAUUUUUGCGAGAUUGUGACAACAUAUCGGAACUUUGAGCGAACCUGUAAAAGAUACAGUGUUCAAUAUGUCACUGAUUUGGUCGA